CGCGUCCCCGGCGCCCGGAAGUUCCUGCCGCCGUCUUUCUCCCGAACGGCUCCCGCCUUACCUGCCCGCCAGCGAGGUGAAACCGCGCCGGGCACUGGAGGCGUCCAGAGGUUGAAAUAAGCGGCUUUUCCCUGGGUACUUACAGGACGGGAACUCUGAGCGGCAGUGAAGCUUUCCUCUGGGAAUAUGGCCACUGAGCUCGGCAGCGCGGGAGCGAGCCAGAAAAAUGGCCCUGGUAGUAAUGGCAUAUCAGGAUCCAGGAUGAUGGACCAAAGCUUGUCAACUCUAAUCACAGAGCAUGAUAAACAAUUGGAAGAAAUGAGAGAACAGCUGCAGCUUUAUAAGGCAAAAAUGAGUGAGAUGAGACGAAAACUUGAAGAAGUCACCAGUGAAAAUGACAGGCUGCAUGCAGAGUUGAAAGAGGUUAUUGAGCAGCAAAUGGAGGCUCUUCCUGUCAUGCCUCUAGGAACUGAUAUUAUUGCAGAUGAAGAAAUAGUGCAAAACCUUCAAGAACAACUACAACUGACAAGUCAAGAAAAAGAACAAGCAAUAGAGCUCUGGCAGACUGUGUUACGGGAGCAUGAUCGACUCCAGCAGCAGUACCAGGAACGCAUGACUGAAGCGCAGAUUCACAUGGCUGAAAUGCAAAAGCAGAAAGAGCAACUGACUGGCUUUCAGCAGUGGUCUCGGCAACUACAUGUGGCCAAUGAGAAAAUAAAGUUGAGCAACCAAGAGUUUCUGAAAACUGUAACAGACCAGAAUGCAGAACUAGAGCAGCUACGAAAGCAACUAAGAAAAGCCAAAACAGAUGGGCGGACAGCAAAUGCUAAGGUUGAUGAAAUGACCAGAUUGAUACAGAAGCUUCAAGGCCAACUGGAGAGAAAGGAAGAAGACAAGAUAUCUGCCCAGCAAAGGGAAACAGCAUCUGACAAACGCUUGCAGCAAAUGCAGUCUAGUAUAAAACAAUUAGAAACAAGAUUACGUGUUACUGUCCAAGAUGCUGAGCAGCAGCAAACAGAAAGAAUGGCACUGGAGAAACAAAUGAUAGAGCUUCAGACAAAGUGUGCUAACCUAGAAAGGGAGAAGUAUGAUGCUGUUGCCAAAGUUGAAGAUUGCAUCCAGCUUUUAGAAGAAGCUAACCUACAAAAAAGUCAGGCACUCUUUGGCCAGAAACAGAAGGAAGAAGAGAUUGAAAAAAUGAAAAAUAAACUGUCUCAACUUAUAGAAGAUGCUUCUGCAAGAACUAGAAAGGCAAUAGACUCUGCAAAGAAGCAAUAUAAUGUGCAGAUUUCUCAACUAGCAGAAGAAAUUUCAGCUCUUCAGAUGGAAUGUGGAGAAAAACAGGGUCAAAUUGAACAAGCCAUUAGAGAAAAGAGAGCAUUGGAAGAGGAACUUGAAAAGGUUUACAGGGAAGACAGAGGACGUGAAUCUGACAAUAGAAAGCUAGACCAGCUGCAUCAGAAAUAUCUACUUGCAGAAACUACAAAAUGUGAUCUUCAGAUAACUCUACAGACAACCCAAAAUAAACUAAAACAACUGGAAAUAAACUCUGAGAAAGAGAAAUCUCGUUCCCAGGAAGCUAUCUCUAAAUUGCAAAGCAUUCUGGAUUCAGAAAGAGAAAAGAGUAUCUUUGUCAGUGAACAAAGGCUAAAACUUCAGCAAGAGAAUGAACAAUUGCAAAAAGAAAUGGAAGGCUUGAAAAAACUGGCCAUAGAGGCUCAACAAAAAGCUGAAAUAAAGAUAAGCACAUUGGAGCAUGAGCAUGCUGUGAAAGAAGAUGGGUAUGAAGCUCAACUUAGGGAAAUGGAAGACACCAAUCAAAAGUCUACUGCUGAACUUAGACGUCUGUUAGUAGCUCAGCAAAAAGCAACAAAUCAGUGGAAGGAGAAAAAAAAAAAUCUUACUGAAACUACAGAAGCCACAAUCAGUAAGCUAAAAAGUGAGCUGAGUCAACACAAACUUCGUAGCCAGGAGCUCAUAUCUCAGCUGAAAAUGGCAAAUGAAAGAAUAACUGAGGAUGAAAAAUUAAUGACAGAAUAUCAAGAAUACAUCAAUAGGCUCCAAAGGCGACUAAGCCAGGCAGAACAGAGGGCAGCAACAGCAUCUCAAAAGCUCAGCCUGGUAACUACACAGAAGAAAAAAGCUGCUUCCCUGAAGGGUCUGGAAAAUAUUUAAACACAAGUAUUGUUGAUUUACACCAUGUUGGAGUUAAGAAGAUUGCUGGAGAAACUUCAUAUUGGAGCAUUAAAGUCAAAUGCAUAGGAAGGCUUGUAAAACUAAGCCAAACAUUUUCUGGUUUAUUCAGGUGAGAGAGGAGGUGGAUGAAGAUACUGUAUCUGUAAGCAUAGUAAAGACGGGCAGAAGACUCUGAAAUACUGUAAUUCAAGUCCUUUAAUGUAGCAGAUGAAACAAUCUGAUACAGUGCUGUGGCAUAUUGCUUUUUUUUGGUCUAAAAAAACACCAGCUCCAACUAGGACAAGACUGUUUACAGGGAAUAGAUAACAUCACAUGGAAAUUCAUGAACAGUUUUGCUCACGUACAGUCGAUACCUUUAAUUUUUCUUUGUAGUGCAGUAACUCGGAACAUUUUUAAGAUCUUUUAUGAAUUUUAGUAAGACACUAAUUAAAUCAUUACUGUCAAGUAGUUGCUGGUUUUAUGGUAGUUGUUAAAACUGUGGAAUUCCUCCACUGGCUUGCAGUUUUAAGAAUUGGGUUCAGUUUGUUCUGAUGGCCCUGGGAAACAUGUCAAUGAAUAAAGUGCUGUUGUGGCUAUUCA